AUGGAAGAUAGUAUUUAUCGAAUGAGUCUUGUUGAAGGUUUUCUUGUUUUAAUAGUAAUUGGUUUAUGGUUCAUUGCUAUUAUAAAUUUAGUACGAAAAUUAGAACGAAUAUGUAACCCUCCAUCAAUAUAUCUUAAUUAUUCAACACAAAAUAAUCUUAGUUUAAGAUUGUCAACUGAUCAUGAACAUUAUCGAAAUAAUUUUAUUAAACCGAUAACAACAUCACGUAUACAUUUUAUUCGUGCUAUAUCAGAACCAACUAUUGAUGCAUCACCUCGAACAACAAUUCAUGUACGUUCUCCAAGUGAAACAUUCGCACAAUCAAAAGCAUCGAUAUCUCAACAAAUGUCAUCACGAAGUACAAUUGAAAUCGAAGCAAGUACUAGUUCAAUAAAUCUUUCACAUCAAAAUAAUUAUCGAAAUCAUGUUGAAACAAUAUCUAAUAAACUAAUAUCAUCAGAAAAAUUAUCUUAUCCGAAACGUCUACCAUCGAUUGUUAAACGAAGUCUAUUAAAUUUACAUCGACGUACUUUAUUUCCGAAUACAACAUCGACACGAUGUACAAUUAUAACUACAGAUGUUCCAACAAAAUUUAAAUUUCCAUUAAUGGAAAAACAAUUGCCAAAAACAGAUGAAAUAAGUGAACAUGAUUGUUAG